AUGAAUCCUGAAUCCAAUACAACCGUAGAAAAUAUAGUCCAAACUACAGAUAAUUCAAAAACCGCUGAUGGUUUUGUUAAAUCUCGAAUAGAAAAUGGAUGUUAUGUGAAUGCAUUUAAUCCUGAAUUUAAAAUGCCAUCAUUUCCUACAGUUUUACGUUGGAUGUUCGGUGCUCCGAAUAAUACAAAUUUACCAAGAAAUACUGAAGAAUUAAAUAAUGCAUUACCAAUAAUAAAACAUCAACCAAAUGAAAUUGUAACAAAUUCAUCUGGUCUACGUUUUAUAUGGAUUGGACAUGCAUCAUGUUUUGUUCAAAUGGAUGAUUUUACAUUUCUAACUGAUCCUGUUUUUAGUGAUCGAUGUGGUAUAACACCUUUCAUUGGACCGAAACGAUAUCGUCCACCAGCAUUAACAGUCGAUGAACUACCUGACAAACUUGAAGCUGUAGUUAUAUCACACAGUCAUUUUGAUCAUUUAGAUUAUCCAAGUGUUGUUAGUUUAAAUCGACGUUACGGAAAUAAAUUAACAUGGUUUUGCGGUCAAGGUUUAAAAAAAUGGUUUCUUGAUUGUCAUAUAGAAAAUGUUGUUGAACUUGACUGGUGGGAAGAAUGGACACAUCCGACAAAAAAUCAUAUUAAAAUAGCAUAUUGUCCAGCUCAACAUUGGUCACGUCGUACAGCUUUUGAUUUAAAUAAAUCUCUUUGGGGUGGAUAUGCUAUAUGGAAUAAUAAAUAUAAAUUUUAUUUUGCUGGUGAUACUGGUUAUACACAUAAAAUACCCAUAUUUGAACAAAUUGGAAAAAAAUAUGGACCAUUUGAUCUAAGUGCUAUACCUAUAGGUGCAUAUGAUCCUCGAUGGAUGAUGGAAGGACAACAUGUAGCACCUGAUGAAUCUGUACAGAUGCAUGUUGAUACUCAAUCAAAAAAAUCUGUUGGUAUACAUUGGGGUACAUGGGCAUUAGCAAAUGAAAAUUAUUUAGAACCAAGAAGCAAACUUAUUGAAGCAGUACGAAAUAAAAAUUUAGAUGCUGACUCAUUUAUUGUUUUGAAACAUGGUGAAAUUUUAGACUUACCCUAG